AUGUGGAGAGUGCAGGAGGCGUUCAAAGGUGCAGGCCAUGCAGCUCGCGCCUUUGCAGGGACGGGCGGCUUGGUGCCAAGCUCCCCAGCUGAGAAGCAGAUCGCACGCCGCAUCUUUGAGCCCUUCGUCGCGACAUCACCGCCUGCACCAGUGGCUCGAACGACGGAUGCGGCAGCGGAGACGAAGAAAUCCUUUUGGCACCUCAUGGGACGAGCUGAGGCGCGGCAGACCUAUCAGCCGGACGGCCCCGAAGGAGGUGAGGAGGACCUAUUCGGUUCGAAGCAGCUUACCAAGGCCUGGAGCUUCGCGGCCACCCUGGGCCCAUCGCUCACCACUGAGGCAUGGGCGAAGCUGCUUCAGGAGACCUUCCGCUUAAUCCGAGAAGAGCGGCUCGAUGACGUUUCCUUGGCCGUGGCCGCUCACAGCCUCUACCGGCUCCGGGACACGCCUUUCGCUCCUGGCCGGCACGGCGGCGCGACGAACUGCAUCGCUGCACUCGCCGCAAUGUCAAGCCGAAGGUUACCCACAAUGGAGCUUCGACUCCUGGUCGACACAACCGCCUGGCUAGCGCGACUUGCAGACGCUCUGCAUGGUCACCCCCCCUUGCGGCGUGGCAUCGAGGCUUUGGCCAUCGCUGCAGCCGAGGAGCUGCCAGUUCGGAAGGCGGCGGGGUCCAUGGUCUCGGGCCGUGAUGUGGGCACCUUGUGCGGCGUGACGGUCUCGCUGUCCCUGCGGUCGGAGUCCUUUCUCACCUAUGUGCGAUACCUGAUUCGAAAAGACUGGGACAUGGUCUGGACGCCGAAGGCCCUCGUCGAAGCAGCCAAGUGCAUGGCCCACUUCCAGCAGGACGACCGCCGCGCCUGGCGAGCGCUCGCGUACCGCAUGGAGAGGGAGCUGCCGGUCAUGCUCCCAGGUGCCUUGACCGAAAUCGCCGAAACCUUCGCAGCAGCCUCCGUCACGAACGAGGUUACAUGGGGGUCGACGAGGAACUGCAACAUUCCCAGCGACCUCCGCCGGGAAUUGCAGUUCAUCGCUUCUGGCUACAUUGCCUCUGGCGAAUCUUUUUGGGAGCUUCAUCGACGACUGGCGGACCGCUAUGAGGCGGACUUGGCCAUGCUACGGAUGAUGCAGAAGGGGCGGCACAACUCCGGAGUCCUGGACGUGCCCUCCCCCGUUGGGCCCUCGCCACCUCAACAGCUGGUGUCCUCAGAAGACGGUCGAGGACCUGACAGCCCCAUAGCUCAUGGAGUCAAGGAAAAAGACCGAGUCAUGGCCUUUGCUCGAAGCCGCAGCCGAGUGGACAGCUCACCCAUGAGCCCGGUCGUGAGCCCUGCGUGGCCGGGAAGCGAAGUGGGCGCUGAGGAAGUGCGAGUGAGAAGCCGGGAUGAGAGCUCCGGCAUGUUGAUUGCCCCAGCCCCCGACGGCGAGCGUGGUGCCAGGAACAUGCCGAAGCAGCUGUCGCGUCAGAUCACGCGUAGAGCCAGCGGCCUCAACGUCCCAGAUCCCGGCGGGAGCGUAGCCUUGCUGUCGGUCGAUUCUGGCACAGCAUCCAGAUCUCUCCUGGAGCGAAAGCGUGCACAAGAGCAGGGGAUGAUAUCAAGGCAGGGCUCGAUGGCGGGCUCGAUGUCGAGCAACUUGGAAUACGUGCUGGAGCCGUAUGAGGCUUGGAAGGUGGAACUUCGCAAGGACUACCAGCUUUCGGAGAAGAGGAGACAAUCCAUGACGAACAUGGCCUUGGUAGCCGCGAAGACCUCGCAAUUGAAAGAGAACAGCGUCACGGUGGAGUCAAGGGGAUCCACACUGAAGCCGGAGGUGAAGACCAGGUCGGCGAUUCCACCAGGUGGGCAAUUUAAGACGGUCUGGAACAUGCUGAUUGCAUCGUGUGUUCUUCAUGACUUGAUUGUCAUUCCGCUCUACGUCUUCGAGUUUAAGGAGGUCCUCUUCCUGACAGUCUUGGAGUGGAUGACGCAGCUUUUUUGGACAGCGGAUCUCAUCACCAGCUCAAUGACAGGUUUCUAUGAGAAGGGAUCGUUGAUCCUGGACUUGAAACGGUCCUUCUUCCACUACAUGAAGACUUGGGGGCCCUUCGACCUUGCGUUGGUUACGGUAGGUUGGCUCUUCAUCUUCAUGGAGUUCGGCGACGACGAUCAGGCCUCAGGCGACCUGCUUGCCUGGUCCCGGACGCUUCGAGCGCUUCGCUUCCUUCGCUUUGUCCGUGUCCUGCGCUGGCUGAAACUCCGAGGAGUCGCAGAAGCUUUUCAGGAGAUGUUCCACUCAAAUGUCGCGUUCUUCUACUACAGCCUCAUCAUGGCUGGAAUGCGCCUGCUGAUCUUGAACCAUCUCCUGGCUUGCUGCUGGUACGGCAUCGCCCUGCUGGAGCAUCCCAACCCCAACUGGGUGGAGAACGCAGGUCUUUGGAACGCACCAGAUCUCGACAAAUAUCUCACCAGCCUCAACUGGUCCUGGGCGAUGCUGGGUGUAGGUUUGAGCAACAAUUUGGCCGCGAAUUCGAUCGAGGUCGCAUUUUCGGUUCUCGUGGCAUUCCGGUCUCUGAUGACCUACGCCACGCUGAUCAGCUCAAUUACCACUUUGUCCGGCGCGCUGAAUAAGAUAAAGGAGGACGAGAACUCGGAAUUCCGGCUCCUUCGUUCCUACCUGGCGCACAACGACAUUGACCAGGAGUUGAGCCAGAAGAUUACGAGGUUCUUGCAACACCAGUACCACCUGCGGCAGCAGGCGCGAUCAGCGCACCUUCGGGUUCCCCUGCUGGACCUGCUCUCCAACAGCCUCAAGGGCGAGCUGGACUUUGCCAGGCGAAACGAUGCCAUGCUGAAGCUAAGCUACUUGGACAACCUUCUUCCCACAGAGGACGUGCAGGUCAUGCAGACAAUGCAUAACUUAGCUACCGGAGCGAUGGAAGAUGUCGCGGCGGCCAGUGGGGAUUUUAUCUUCCUGGGCGGAAGCAAGGCAACUGCGGCUUACCUGAAGCUGAACGGAUCCCUGAACUACUUCUACGCUGACAGGAACGAAGAGGAAAAGCACCAGGAGGUGACGGAUGAAACGUGGAUCGCCGAGAUUUGCCUCUGGGCGUCCUGGGCGUAUCAGGGAGAUUUGGUGGCAGAGGACGUCUCCCGAUUGACUGUGCCGCUUGGUGGCCAGUAA